AUGGCCAACGUCAUCCGUCCAGACUUUUACGUGGAUUUCCCCGGCUACAGUUUCGACUUCUCCCACUGUGCUAUAAUCAAUGACGCUCAUGUGCUCCUGCGACUGACAAAAUUCCAACCUCAAGUCAGCGUGCGUAGUGUCAAGUUCACCCUGCAGGAGUCUGAGGCCAUCAUAAAGCACCUUGCCAACUGCUCGCGCAACACAACUUGCUCUAUGAACUGCACCACAGGGUUUUUCCAGGGCACCAUCGACUUAUUUGCACCAGACCAAACGCAGGCAUUUGAUAUUAAACCUCUUUGGCUGCAGGACUCAUCGACCCCUCUUGAUUCCCUUGGCAAUGUCUCUGAUUCCGGGCUCACAUAUCAAGUUCGGCUAGCUAAAGCACAACCUUUGAAUUAUUGGGGAUCUGGAAAUAUACGGCUCAUCAGCAAAACAGACGCGGUUAUCCUUAAUUUGACACUAUGGGGCUCUAAAAUAAGAAACCCAGGCAGGAACUCAUCCAAAGUUCUACAGGAGAUUUCCCUAGCUAAUUCUUCAUGUACUCUGAGUGACUCCAGCCGCUACAAGUAUAGCUAUAGGUUCCAGGCCGAAUCUUUGGGUGUUUUGGACAGCGACGGUUACUUGGAGAUUCGACUUAAUCAUUUGGACAGCCUGGCUUUGAAAAACGUGUAUUCCAGUGGAGUGUGUAACGUACCUGUUGGUUCCCCCGUCUGUUUGCUGGACUGUGAGGCUGGCAUUGUCAACUAUAACCAGACCACCGUCUACCCAGCUUUCAGCUUGGUGCUAUACCACUUUCAACCAGUGGUAGAUGAGAUUGUACUGCAGCAGCCUUUGUAUGAAUCUGCUGACUACUGCAAGUGGAACGAGACCAUCUGUACGGCCAAGGGCGCUCUGUGCCGAGAAUACAAACAGACGGGUCUGCACACGUGUCACUGUAAUGGUACCAACGUGACGAACAUAGACAGCUAUGCAUUGAACUGCUUCUCUGCACCAACCACCAUACCAACAACCACACCAACCACCACACCAACAACCACACCAACCACCACACCGAUCACCACCCCAACAACCACACCAACCACCACACCGACCACCACACCAACUACCACACCAACCACCACACCAACAACCACACCAACCACCACACCGACCACCACACCAACAACCACACCAACCACCACACCAACCACCACCCCAACCACCACACCAACAACCACACCAACCACCACACCGACCACCACACCGACCACCACACCAACCACCACACCAACCACCACACCAACCACCACACCAACCACCACACCGACCACCACACCAACCACCACACCAACUACCACACCAACCACCACACCAACCACCACACCAGCAACCACACCAACAACCACACCGACCACCACACCAACCACCACACCGACCACCACACCGACCACCACACCAACCACCACACCGACCACCACACCAACAACCACACCAACCACCACACCAACCACCACCCCAACCACCACCCCAACCACCACACCGACCACAACACCAACCACCACACCGACCACCACACCAACCACCACACCAACAACCACACCAACAACCACACCGACUACCACACCGACCACCACACCAACCACCACACCAACCACCACGCCAACUACCACACCAACCACCACACCAACCACCACACCAACUACCACACCAACCACCACACCGACCACCACACCAACCACCACACCAACCACCACACCGACCACCACACCAACCACCACACCAACUACCACACCAACAACCACACCGACCACCACACCAACAACCACACCAACCACCACACCAACCACCACACCAACCACCACACCAACUACCACACCGACCACCACACCCACAACCACACCAACCACCACACCAACCACCACACCAAUCACCACACCAACCACCACACCAACCACCACACCAACCACCACACCAACUACCACACCAACCACCACACCGACCACCACACCAACCACCACACCAACCACCACACCAACUACCACACCAACAACCACACCAACUACCACACCGACCACCACACCAACCACCACACCAACCACUACAACAACAACCACACCAACUACCACACCAACUACCACACCGACCACCACACCAACCACCACACCAACAACUACACCAACUACCACACCAACUACCACACCAACCACCACACCAACCACCACACCAACAACUACACCAACUACCACACCAACUACCACACCAACCACCACACCGACCACCACACCGACCACCACACCGACAACUACACCAACUACCACACCAACUACCACACCAACCACCACACCAACCACCACACCAACCACCACACCAACAACCACACCAACAACCAUACCGACCACCACACCGCCCACCACACCGACCACCUUACCGACCAACACCCAGACUAUCUCAGCAACAGGUAAUACAAAUGAUUCCUUAGCUGGUGGCGUGGGCUUUUCCUCAAAUCUUUUAGCUACUAGCAAACCACAGCGGUCUGCAAACGGCAAUGAUCCAGCAGCUACUCCAAACACACCCGCGUUAGCUGGCGACGUGACCUUUGCAUUAGACGAUUCAGCCACCAGCGCGCCACAAGAGGUUGCUAAUGGCAAUGGCCCGAUCAAGAGCGGUGGAAGCUACCUGUGGGUCAUCGGUGUGGUUUUCGGCAUUCUAAUCCUGAUUGCUGUUGUUGUCAUGUUCGUGCUUCCCGCACGUCGUCAUCAACUCAUUAAAGCCACCAGCGUAAUCUGGAAGCAAAAAAGUGGUGGGAUAAGCAAUGGCAACGCUCACACGUAUGCCACAUGGAAGCCGCGCCUCGGUGGCAAGGCCAAGCAGAGCGUUCCUCCGCAGAGCUUCUCAGUGGCAUCCGUAGACACGUUUAGUGUGAAGAUACGGGACAGGUCUUACAAAUGGGAAGAUUACGGUCCGAAAAACCUGACCGCCGAUGAUCUGGGCUUAACCAGGGUUUCCAUGCAGUCGGACUAUGCUUCGGCCGACGAUCACAGUUCGUUCAGUGAACACCAGGCGUAUCAGAGGCUGAAGAGCGCGGCGCUCUCGCGGUCGCACAUUGCAAUCCUGGAGACGGACUCGUCCGCCGGGAAUCACAGUUCCCUCAUCCACGACGAGCCGUAUGAGAGGCUGGCCGGGUCGGCAGGACAACGCUCGGCAACCAUGGAAACGGCCGACGGCGCUCAGUGCACCGGCGGCCUGGGCGGAGACGACGGUGAUAGCUUGCACUUUAAACUGAACAGUACUGGAAAGGGGACCACUCCUCACUACUCUGUCCCUCAGCGAUCUGCUUCCAACACCGAUGGUGAUGCAGAAGACGGCGGCAAAUCAGCACAAGAAGGCCUUGGCGGCGGUGGAGAUCCUCAUUACGAAGACAUGGCCGCGAACAUCUCUCAAGUGAUGGCGUUGAAUGGCGGCGUUGACGACAGACGUGAAUCGCUUCAGAGCCAUGCCGAGGAGAUGGCGCCGGGCAAAACCGGCUGGGACAACGUAUCCACGCUGCAGAGCAAACUGUCCUACCCGUCACAACACCAGCCGGUCAGCGUGUGCUCGACUAUCACUGACGAAUGGGUCGACGACGACGACGAAGCACCCGUCUGCAUCGGUCCCGCCGCGGACGGCAUGCCAGACGAAGAUACCGUCGUCGACGGCGGCAGCAACUACGACCGUGGGCUCGGAAUGCACGCGUCUGCCUACGACUCUCUCCGCUCAGAUACGCCAUCGGCCAACGUCAACACCAGUGUGGAGCCCACCACGUUCAAUAGCGACGAGCAAGAGGACGCUUACGCACGCACUGUUUUCGCAAGGCCGAGCAAAAUGGGUCGCUCCAUGAAGAAGUCGAUCAAGCGCAUGGCCCAAACGAGUAUUGCCAAGAAGACACACGCACCAGGCCCAGGCGAAGCUAACCUGUAUCGGUCAACCCUCAAGAAGAACUCGCAGCAGUCAGAGGAGGCUGAAGACAUUGAUUCCGAAAACCCGUACUCGCUCGUCAACUACACCAUCGACAUACAACCGGUAUCCUUGGCAGAGACACGCACAACUUCCACUGUGGAGUCGGACAUCGGUCGUCCCAGUGUGUGUGUGAGCUCUAGUGACUUUGUGGAGGACACUACCACCUUGGAACCCGGUGCCAAGAACGUAUGGGCACAGGAAAGCAACGUGGGCUCACCGCUGUUCCGCAAAAUCUCCGGCAUGCUGGUCAGGCAGUAGCUGAAAUCGACAGCCUGAUCUGUAUCUCUCUCGCUCUCACUCUCUAUUUUUUCUCAAUUAAGCUAAUCCGUAGUUCAAAAGACGAUAUAGUCCCACUGCUUUCUUUUAUAAUGUUAUAGUAUACAUUAUUGUCUAAAUGAAGUGUCCCACUUUCUCUCGGGCUUUUUUUAAUUCUAGAAAUGUUUUUUGAACUCCUGCAAACUUUUCUGCUUGCUAGUCCGU